AUGAAAGACAUCCAGGUUCGACAGAUUUUGCAAGAACUAAUUAGCCAUCUACGAGAAGUUGGAGACAUGAUGGAAGCGGUUCAGGUAACGAUCAAGGAAGGAGUGAAAAUACAUAAAGAUUUCAACAAUGGUAUCCCCAUAGAAGAAGACGACACCAACUACAACAUUACUAAAGAAGUUGUCGGAGAUGCAAAAAUGGAGAACAUGUCCAUGCAAGAUAACACAUCGUUUAUGCUAGCGACAAUUCAUAAGCAAAUUGGGAAACAUAAACAAGUGAUGAAGAACUUCACAGAGGAUUAA